ACACAACCAGCAGCACGUGGUAAAGCUGGCAGCACAAUACACCGCUCCAUCAAAGACAGUCGUACGACUAAGUGUGCAUCUACGACGUGCUAAUCAGAGUAACCCCAAUACCACGGAUGUGCGGUUUCGCAAAGGAAGAUAUGGUUGCAGUUAACACUUCACUGCUACUCGUUGGAUUGCUGGUGAGCUUUUGUAAAGAAAGCAUCGAAGUUGGUGGAUGGAUAGAAGACAGAACUCCGAACACAGUUAGGUACCGUGAUUUAGCGCAGUUCGCCUACAUGGAUCAAAGGGGUCGUAGCAGCCGAGGCUUGAGAUUUCACGUAACGCAAGCCAGAUGGAGGUACACGGAAGGAGCAAGUUUCAACAUCGCAUUCAUUGUGUACCUCGAAGAUAGGAUGAUCGAAAAGUGUAUCGCCAUAAUUCAGGCGCCCCCACCCAGUAGAAUUCAAUCGAGAAUGAUCGUCACUAGGUUUUGGUGCAGACGUACGCCGUCAAAAUAAGUAAAGCUUCCUCAGGUU